AUGCUAGGGGACUCAUUUGCCGGCGUACUGCAGCGCAGCGCAGACACACUAACAUCUCUGGAGAUAUGGGAAGCGGAGCUGGCCGAGGCUACCCUGACAGCUCUCGCAGCAAUGCCGUCUCCGUGGAAAACUUGCAGCCAGCAGGCGAAGGAAUGGGGAAAUGCAUAUCUUGCCACGGCUCAGGCAUUAGAGACCUCUGUCGGCGCUCAUGUACUGCGCAGAGACCCCUGUCCCCGGGUUCAACGGCCUCAGCGUCUUUCCCAACCAUGCGGUAUGCUUCUGGCAACGGCGCAGGUCUUGCGAGAACGCUUCGCCCGCAAUCCUUCACAUACCAGUUUUUCCACAUCGGAUUCCGAGGUAGACACCAGCAGGCUACUGCGGCAUUCCCGGCAGUGGCAACAAGAGCAGCAGCGAGAUUCACAGAUGAAGCCCUCUGACCACGGCCAAUGUCGCUCUAGCGACAGUCUGCAAGGCAGAGGAUGCACCGCAUUGCCGUGCAGCUUGGAUACUGGGGGGGACCGCUGUAAAGGGACUCAAAUAGGAGAGCUUCGCCGUAGAAUUGCAGACAUAAAGAACUGUUGCUGCUGCAUAACUGCAGGAGAGACUGCGUUGAGAAUUUGGCGAAAAUUUGAGAGCGUACGUCUGGUAUUACCACGACUUAGGACUCUAGCCGCUGGGAGUUGGCGGCUGCUGCAGGCUGUGCAUUGCCCCAACCUGGAGGAGCUAAACCUCACGACCAACGCGGCAACGCCCCACAGGGAUUCUCCGGGCCGACUGCAACAACGGCGACAGCGACAGCAGCAGCAGCAUCGGCAGCAGCAACCACUCCACGGGCAACCUGACUAUUCCCAUCUCACUAUGGCUCUACAGGAGUGGGCACAUCGCAUCUCGGUAUCUGGUGGGCCACGAACUGUAGCUGAAUCUUCUGGAUACUCCGAGUCUGCGCUGCAGGAGUUGCUGCAUUUUCUACUUCGUAGCGGCUACAGCCUCCGCCAGAUCCAUGGCAGCUAUGCUGUAGGUCCUCUAAACGAGUCGUUGCUGCAGUCGGUAUCCACAGCAGGCAAUGUCCUUGUUGGAGCCAGCGACCCUGCGAAUGGGUCUCCAGAUAUAUCGGCGACGGUGCGAUCUCUAGCUACGACAGCAGUUCCUCCUGGAAGGGCUAAAGGCGGGCAGAGACUUGCUGGCGGGGGCUUCUUUUCUGGGGCACUGGCGGCUGCUGAUGCCAUCCUAAAUCCACAAGCAUCAACGCUUCUGCAGACAUGGGAUUUGCAGCCUACGAUUGCACCCGUUGCCGUCGCUGUCGGACGUACAGUAACCGGAAGUGCUAGUGGGCUUGCUAGGGGGAGCACGCCCAUUCAUGCUGCAGAGGAAAACUACGCAGCGCUGGCAUCUGAAGCUGCAGGCAGUGUGCUUGCUGCAGCAGCGGGUCUAUGCGCAGCAGUAGGAGGUGGAUGCCGUCAUAUUCGCCACUCUCCGAACGAGUGCUGUGCUCUUCCUUGUGCUUGGGGCUCUGACGAAAAACUGCUGUUGGUACUUUUGCCAAAUCUGCGAGUUGCACGAUCUGCGGACUUUCUGCUACUGAGUUGCUUGUUGUUGCCAAGACUGGAGGAGCUGCGGCUUCCCGAAACAUGGGACUCAGUUCUCAAUAAGCCGAUACCAGGUUUCUCGCUUCUUUGGGCAUACCUGUGCACCUACGGAAGAAGCCUCCGUGCAUUGGAUGUGGAGGGGACAGCCCCUCCACUUGCGACAUUUCUAGGGGCUGGAACGACCGUACAACCACUGCCAUUUCACAUACUGCCUAUUGAGGCCGUAGCAACCAAGGCUCUUCAGCGCUUAUUACUUGUUCACCGUGCUCAUCCACUUAUGGACCCUGCAAAUCUCUUGAAGGCCAACUCACCCGCUUCCACUUGUCCCGAAGGUACGCAGACAACUGCAGCAGCUACUGCAAAGGUUAGCGCGGGGAUUUCGGAGCUUGCUGCACGCACAGUCGCUGAUAUCUGGCACCGUCGUACCACUUCUAAUAAGCAAAAGCGAUGGCGAAUAGCCUGCCAAGACCUGCACUAUGAAGUGGGGCAGGGUGGAAGCUGUGCCGAGGAGCUUGAUAUAGACGUCCAUCCAGCCAUUAGCGAGAAAUUGCCUUGCGUACCCUGUCGAAGGGUCAGCAGCUGGGGCAUGACUCGAGGAGCUCCCGACGCUGUGGGACGAGAUGCUAGUAGCGCAAAGCCCCUGUUCGGUCUGAGGUUCGGCCAACUGAAACAUUUGCAAUGCCACUCGAGCUUCCUCCCUUACUUGGCGGAGCCGCUGCCGCAGUGUGGGUCGUUGCAGGGUCUCAACACAGAAGGCGAGUUGGACUCCGUCACGUGGUUUGUUGCUUUGCUAACGGGCAUUGAAAGGCUUUGCGUCAGAGUCCCCUGCCUGAACCCGUCCCGGAGGCGGUCUAGGGCUCCUCCUCCAGUCGCUCUUGAUAUGGACGAGGAAAGAACCCCCAGUUCUACGAGCCACCCUGAAGUCACUCUGCAUAUUAGGAAAUACGCCGGCACUGCAUUCUUCUUCACACCCAGCCUUUCGUGUCCCAAUCUUCAAGAGCUUCAGGUGUAUCGCGGAGAUGAUGACUUUGACUCAUUCCUGGCGGGCGGAGGGGCCUCUAAUUUGCAGGUUUUACGCUACGAUGGCCGUCUGUUUGGCGGGAGAGGAGCCGCAACGCCCCGGACACUCCUGGCGUCCCAUGAGCUACGAGUCAUUCGAAACACGGAAAGCUCUGUUCAGGAUGGGCAGAGGCUGCUAGAAGUUCUACGCCUUCCUCCAAGUUUCUCACCGCUCGAAGGUUCCCCGUUUGCCUCCCUCAGGGAGCUGCACGUAGGCACCCUCGAUGCAAGGGUCCUUCUCCGUCUUGCCUUGGCAGCUGCGUCUGCUGUGAAUCCGUUCCUUUCUUGUGCUUGGCGGCGCGUUCUUGAUAAUAGGAAGGCAGAACGACUGCAGCAGUUGCACCGAAAACGGCAGCUUUGGAUGCAACGUACACAAACACAGCGAGAUAACGAGGCUAUCCGGUUGCUGGUACGCCAACGCCGGCUCUACGAAGAGUAUACCGCGCGGCGUAGACGACUGAGGCGGUUAUCUUCUGCCAUUGCCGCCCGCCGAGAGCGAUUUGGAGGGGCCAGUGAAGGCCCUCGAAGGCCAGCGCGGCGCGAGCAUGAAGAGACUCACAGGCGCCUCACUCGUGAAGUGCACAGGAUGCGACAGCAACUACAGCAGCUACAGAGACGACUAGAAUCACUCGCUGCGGCUAACAUCCGCAAUUCCGCUAGUACCUCUGUAUCGCAAGAUUAUCAUCAGGUGCAGCGCUACCAUCGGUUCAGGGAAGGUCUUGAAAGAUUGAGGAGGCUGCAAAGCCACCAGCAACGACUAGUGGCGCUGAGGCGACUCCUACAAAUCAGUGUGACGCACGCAGUGCCACAUCCUUUGGACCCACUGCCGGGAGUGAGCGAAUACCGGCGGGCCAACGAGUUUGAAGCGGCAAGGCGCAAGCUUAGAGCCCAGCGAGGGAGAGAGCUUGACUUUGGAUGCAGCCGCAGGUGGUGCUUCUGGGGAUGCCAUAGAGCUGUGGCUGCACUGUCGCAGCUGCUGCCGCAGCUGCGUACUUGCGUGGUGCAACGCCUUCGGGGAAAUGCGGCUUCGCUGCGUCUGCUGCUUCGAGGAUUGCCCCGGCUCGAGGUGUUCGCAGUGGCGGAGGAACAGACAUCCCGCCGAAGGCAGCGAUUGCUACAGCUAGCCAGGAACUUAGGCUUCACUGUACGCCGCGGGCCGCUAGUCAUUCCGGCUCUCCACAACGACCUUGUCACUGUUUCUAUGAUUUCAAGGCAAUUUUGGAUUUCCAGUCGUGGUCCAUCUGGAAGGAAGGCGUCGGCGGCUUCUGUGGCUGCAGCUGAUCUGCUGGUGCAAGAGCUGUUAAAACGUCUAGCCAGCGGCUCUCAAGGGCAAAGUGCGUCUGCUCCCCAGGCUAAUACAGGGGAUACCUCAGCCUUCAGCCCCUGUUACGCCAUUCCUCCAGCUCUGUCCCGUGGUAUGAGAGUGUCUGAGGCUGCUGGUUGUUUGGCCGCCGCCGAGGGAUUCACUUCGACUGGGAGCGCAACGUUGGCGCCUACCAGGGAACCUUUGGCGUCAAGUAGCGGUGGUAUACCUGACUUUGGGAGACGCAAGCGACCUGCCACAUUUGAAGUUCCGACGCAAGCAGAAGCAGUUUUAUCCGCUUCUAGAAUUGCAGGAAAUACUCGUGCAAACCAAGCCGGCGCCCGAAGCCUUUCUCUGCGCUCUUUGAGAUGCUCCAUAUACACCAAGAAACGCCCGGAAGACUCCGAUUCCGGGGCAAUUAGCACUUCUAAUUCCAAGCGACGCCGUCGAAGACGCGGGGGGGGUGAAGACGAGGCUGCUGAUUUGCGUCGAGACAUGCAGAUGGCGCGGGGUCUAGCGGAAGAGCUUGAGGAGCAGCUGACGAGCUGA